CGUGUGCGCAGAGGUUUUAAUGUCACCUUGGAGAUAGAUUUUUUUUUAUUGGUGUGUGUUUCCCAGAGUGGAGUGUGAUUGUGGCGUGGGUGUUGCGUGUUGUGAGUGUGAGUUUGUAACUGCUGUUAGUGAUGUUGCAGCGGGGCGUCCGAAUCUUGUGUAGCAGGACUUCACAGCGGCAGAAAGCUCUUUCAUCAUUUUUUGGAAGCAAGAGCAAUUUUGCAACUAAAGCAGACUUUGAAACAAAGCCAUUUCGUCUACACAAACUCGAUUCUGGCCCAACUACACAAGUUAGUGUGACACGUGAUGAAGCACUUAUGUUGUAUAAGCAUAUGCAUCUUAUCCGUCGAAUGGAAUCGGCUGCAGGCAAUUUAUACAAGGAAAAAAUUGUACGCGGAUUUUGUCACUUGUAUUCUGGUCAGGAGGCUGUUGCAGUGGGAAUCAAAGCUGCUCUCAGGCCACAGGACAGUGUAAUCACUGCCUAUAGAGCUCAUGGUUGGACUUACCUGAUGGGAAUUCCACCAUCAGUCGUUCUGUCAGAGCUUACGGGGAGGAAAUCAGGCUGUGCAAGAGGAAAAGGAGGAUCUAUGCACAUGUAUGCCGAUAACUUCUAUGGUGGAAAUGGUAUUGUUGGAGCUCAAGUUCCCUUAGGCGUUGGAAUUGCUUUUGCACACAAAUACCAGGGCUCAGAUGCCGUGUGUGUUGCUCUGUAUGGUGAUGGAGCUGCCAAUCAAGGACAGAUCUUUGAGGUUUACAAUAUGGCCAAACUCCUGAAUCUACCUUGUAUAUUUGUUUGUGAGAAUAAUGGUUAUGGAAUGGGAACAAGUGUAGAACGAGCAUCUGCAAGUACAGCAUAUUAUACAAGAGGAGACUACAUUCCAGGAUUAUGGGUAGAUGGAAUGGAUGUUUUGGCAACAAGAGAAGCUACUCGUUUUGCAAUUGCACACUGUCUCAGUGGUAAGGGACCAAUUGUCUUAGAAGCUGCCACAUAUAGAUACAGUGGUCAUUCAAUGUCUGAUCCUGGAACUAGUUAUCGAACAAGAGAAGAAAUACAAGAAGUAAGACAAACAAGAGAUCCUAUAACAUCCUUCAAAGAAAAAAUAAUUAAUGCAGAGCUGGCUACUUCAGAAGAGUUGAAGAAACUGGAGAGUGAAAUAAGAACAGAAAUUGAUGAUGCAGUUAAGUUAGCAAAGUCUGAAAAGGAAUGUAACUUGGAAGAACUGACAGCAGACAUUUAUGCUAGUUCACAGGAGAUUUCAGUCAGAGGUACUCUGCCAUGGAGCAGUUUGAAACAUAAGAAUAUAGGGAAACCAAUAAAUUUGUGAGGUUCAAGUAUUUGUCACUUGUUGGUGUAGUGAACUCUAAUGCGAUCUGUACAUAUAUUUAAUGUGCUGUAAAGUGAUCCAAGUACUUUUAAAAUUCUGUUGUGUGAUAUUAUAAUUGUUGUUAUAUUUAUCACAAAUAAUUCAGUUUUAUUGUUGCAUUAUAAUCAUUGUUGCCACUGUUUACAUAAGGACAGUUGUUGUGCUCAGAUAAAAAAUUUUGUAAGUUUCUUUUAUGAGGAAGUAUUAGUUUCAUAAAUAGUGUACAGAAUAGGAGUAGGGAGUAGAUAUUCAUAAAUUGCCCAUUCAUUCACUGCCAGUUGCACCAAAUCUGAGAAAUGGUCAUUGUGACAAUUUAAUUCACUUUCUUGGAUAAAGACUCCAAAAGCUGCCAUUGUUUAAACGUUAAUGAUAUUUGUUCUCCAAAAAUUUCCUGUAAGGAGGAUAUAUAUUUUGUAAUUGUGACUGUGGCAGGUGGUAGAUGAUGGACAUACAAAUUCCAUGUUGUGACUGUUAUGUUACCAUAAACUGUGCAUUUAAACUCAAUUCUCAUGAUGAUUUGUGAAAAAAUUGUACUGCUUAUCAAAGAUUCUAGCAUUUAUAUUUAGAUAGCCAUAGUUGAACUUUUUUUCCAAGUUUAUUUAGUUGAUGCUGAUCACUCAUGUAGUGUUAUGAAGCUUUUUAUACAUUUAACUACUGCAUUUAACAACAUUUGCUAUCUGUUUUUGUGGAAAUGUAACAAUCCUGCUUAUGGCUUAUGGCUUUUAAUUCAUCGAACAAAAAUAGAUUAUUACUAAGUUUAUUGUUGCCAAAUUUUCAGGUUGCAGAGAUUUUUAGUAACUAAAUUUAUCAUAAUAUUAUUAUUUCAUGUUUGAUACGAAAUGUUGGGUACUUAUGUUACUUUUGAAUUAGUAAGUCAAAAGUGAGGUUAUUGGUCAUUGAUUCCACUGUAAAAGUGUUGUUCUUAUGAGAAGACAGACUAUAAUAUAUACAUACACACACAGUAGUUUCAGUACAUUCAGGGACUAAGCCCACACCCCUCACAAUUCUCUCUCUCUCUCUCUCUCUCUCUCUCUCUCUCUCUCUCUCAGCCAAAAGCUGACACACAAGAAUGCUACUGUGGACAGGCCCAAUCCAGUGCAAUGCAAAAUACACAAUUUAUAGGACUGUUAAUAUGAUACAUGAAUUCGUGCAAGCAGGUGUUUGACAGCUGCCUCAUGGAAUAUAUCAUUCACAGUCUGGCUGUAAGUUUGGAGGUGCAAGUUUGCAAAAUAAAUAAUUCCUCGAGAAUUGAAAAAUGCACUGAGCAUGGUCUUCACCUCUGAUUUUGAUGCGCACAUUUUCGUCAUGUGGCCCUAUUCUAUUUACUACCAUUUAAGUAAGUGUCUUUUUGACAAAUGGUAUUCUGAACACCAAGUUUAAUCUCUCGUGAUUAUGUACAACUUUGUACACACCUUUUACAUACCUAGCUAGCCUUGUAUGACACUGUUGAAGCUUGCCUUCAGUCAUACAAACUCAAUCUCCUGUGCAUGCAAAAUUUGAUUUCUUUCUUUUGGCACAUUGAAUACUUACCAGUCUACCAGUAUAUGGAUUGUCUCCUAAGGUCUCAAUGAUUUUUAAAAUAUGAAAACAUUUCAGAUAACUUGCUUAGAGUCAACUAUUUUUAAUAAGUUUUGCAUCAUUUCAUACAUUUCAGCCAUCUUUUUCUCAUGUUCAAAACAAAAUGUAGAGCAAUGUACCACAGUUAUUUUGGAAACCAUGACAAAGAAUAAAUGCGCAGCACUGCGGAUCUUGUGUACUAGAGGCAGGUAAUUCAGUCUACACAGGUCCGCAUUUGUUCAGAUCAUAGCAUCACUUGUUUCUCGUGCAAAGAUCAAAGAUUCAGUUCCACAAAUGAAGCCUCCAGGCUUUGCGUGUAGCUUUACUUGAUGAUUGACCUCAAGUUAAUGUUUCAUACUUUCUUUGUACAGGAACUCCAAAUAGAGGUGCACUACACAGAACUCAUUCACUGUAUGUUGUCAACAUGAACCAGGAAGUCUCGUAAGGGACUUGCUGUUCAGGCACACAUGUGCAGCUGCAUGCCCUGGCCACAAACUACUUAUAAAGGUCAUUCCCAUAAACAUAAAUCCUUGACAUUAAUUAAUGGCUAACUGUUUACAAAAAAAUAAUCGAAGAGUAAUUUUUGUCUGCAAAUUACCUGUAUUUUGUGUAGGUGACACUUCCUUAAGCAUCCAGCAGUAAUAUCAAGUAUCUUUUGUCCAUAUCCAAUACAGAACAAUAAAUGUAUGAUGGAAAACUAAAAAAAAAAUCCUUUAUGUAAUCUAUGCUUUUUUACUGUAUUGUAAGCUAAGUCAUGUAUUUGUUAGCAAAAAAUACAAUUUUAUGGUGCUUUAAAGUUAUUCUAAACUAAUUUAUUCACAGUGGCAUUUUAGCAAUCUUCAUUUUGAUAGUGUAAACCUAUUUAUUGUAACAUGAUAGUGUGGUAAGAGGUCUGUCAUCUCAUUAGAAAGUAAAUAUUUACUACUGAGUCAGUAAUGAAAUAUUCUUAUUAAGAGAAUUGGAUUGUACCUACAUCCAGAAACAUGCAUUAAAUAACAUUGUGUGAGUAGUAGCUUCAUAAUUAAUGUUAAAGUACAUUUUUCACUUUUUGUCACUUUUGUUGCAAUAGCUUAUUGUAUAUUGUUACAUUAUUUUCCUCUGUUAUUAUUAUUUUUUUUUUUUUUUAAGAAAACUGUAGCAUUCCAUUUUAUUAUGCAGUUCUAAACUGCUUUAUUUAUUGAGUCUCUUUACAAAAUGUGCCAUUUUUCUGUCUGUAGCAAGUUCUCUUCAUUGGUUUAUAAAAUGUCAAUGAAUGUACUCUAUGUUGUUCAGUUGCAGUUUUCAAAAUAAUGCCAGUAGAUCUGCCAUUUUUGUGAAAUGUUAAAACACACUGCAGUUAAUAAAAACAGUUCCUAGAUAUAAACUGAA